AUGGUCAAGUUCAGACGCUCGUCGCAUACUUCGCAUAACCACAGCUCCUCAAUACAAGCGAAAGACCCCACUGCGAUUAUACCNCCCAAGAAGGUCAUAAAGGCCUUGUAUGAUUGGGACGCACCUACAGACAACCCUUCCGUUCGCUUCCUGUCCUUUGCUUCUGGCGACUUCCUCCACGUUACAGGACGCGAGGACGACACGGAGUGGUACGAAGCCUGCAACCCGCUCCAUAACUCGCGCGGUCUGGUACCCGUCAGCUACUUUGAACAGGUUGGCAAAACAGUGCGCGACAGCGCUUCGACCACCUCGUCGCCCAGCACCAACCACGACAGUGGGUAUGCCGACAAGUCGUCGCACGACCCCUCAAGAAUGAGCAAGUCCUCGAUGGGCAGGUCCGGCGGUGCCCCUGUCUACGGUAUCGUCGCAUACGACUUCAAAGCCGAACGCCCCGACGAGCUCGAGGCUCACGAAGGAGAAGCCAUCAUCGUCAUUGCGCAAUCGAAUCCAGAAUGGUUUGUCGCAAAGCCCAUCACGCGAUUGGGUGGCCCAGGCCUCAUACCAGUAUCCUUUGUUGAGAUCAAAGACCUCACAAGCGGCAAGACGAUCGAUUCGGCUGAGGCUGUUGCAAGAGCUGGUAUUCCGAGGGUGGAAGAGUGGAAGAAGAUGGCAGCGGACUACAAAAACACCAGCAUCCCAUUAGGGCAGAUCGGCAACAUGCAAGCCGCUCAGUCAAUAGCAGGUCUACAAUCAGGCAUGGAUCGCAUGAGUCUCAACAAUGGUGGUCACUCUCGCAACAUGUCAACAGUGUCGCAGCGUGUCACAUCGCAGGCGCAUUCGCAGUACCCACUUGCGCCUCUACGCGCUUCGGUACCGCGUUACAUGUACCUGGACGAGAAGUUCCAUUUCAUUGUCGAGGCGACACUGGCCGAUGGCUCUCAUUGGGAUUUGACCCGCAUAUACGAAGACUUUUAUGAGCUACAGAUCAACCUCAUCAAGGCCUUCCCUGAUGAAGCUGGCAACACAGGGCAGCCUCGUACUCUCCCACUGAUGCCUGGCCCUGUACAAUUCGUGACGGAUCGCAUCACCGAAGGUCGUCGCGAAAAUCUCGACGAGUAUCUAUAUAAGUUGUUGCGUCUUGGUUCUCACGUUGUCAACAGCACACUAGUUCGCGGUUUCUUCAGCCCUCAUGCUGGUGAUUACGAGGUUGACCCGAAUGUUGUCGAUCUCAAUGAGCAUAGUCGUGCUGCUGCAGAGACAAAGUCCGAUCGUUACUCAACCGCUUCGCAUGCAUCUGGCCAGUAUGCCACUUCAAUUAAUUCCGCUCGUCAAUCGACUAGCGGGCAAUCUUUCGCUGCACACCAACGUCAACAGGCGUCUGUCGGUGGUGGUUCUAUGCGCGCUCCUCCUGGUCACUAUCGAACACCUUCACAAUAUACUGACAACACUGUGCAUACCACCCUUACUGCCGCUCCGCCCCUCGCACGUCAAACUACAGCCAUGUCUACCGCAACAACAUCUUCGGCAACAACUAGUGGUGGUGCUCUAAAGGUCAAGGUCUGGUUCGACCGUGAGACCUGUGUCGUCCUGCGACUGCCGCCGCGAGGUGCUUUCAACUUUGAUGACCUAUAUCGAAAGAUCCUGGAAAGACGCAGGCUAGAGUACGGCGAGGCAGACCCACGUUCCGAGGAGACCGAGCUCGAUAUUGAGGUUCGCAACGAGCGAACUGGCGACUACACACCACUUAUAAACGACGAUACCCUGGAGGACGCAAUCCAACAGAACGAGAAGAUGAUGCUCGUUGUGCAAAGUGCCCACGGAAGGUGA